AAAACCUCUUUUCUCUCUCUUCCAACCUCUCUCUCUCUCUCUUUUAACCAUUUCUCAAUGUCAUGCGAUCAGGUGACUCACUAAAAUCUGAUUAUAAAGUAUUACAAAAUCUCUUACUUGAUGAUGUAUAUAAACUCCCUAGUGUAAGGCAGAAAUUCGGUGGUGAAGUAAAGUGCAGACCUCAUCCCAGAAUUAGCUACUACAGGCACCACCAAUUUCUUUUGAAGACAAGAUCCUGCAGUUAGAAGAACAUGGCAAGUCUGAAUUGGAGUUAUCAAGGCAACAAUGGACCCGACCAGUGGCACAAAUUAUACCCUAUUGCCAAUGGAAACCAUCAGUCCCCUAUUAACAUUAAAACCAAGGAAGUCAAAAAAGAUCCAUCUCUGGGGCCUCAGAUCACCUGGAAUUCGAGCACCUGCAAAGAGAUUGUCAAUGUUGGACACUCCUUCCAUGUGAACUUUGAGGACAAGGAUAACCGAUCAGUGGUGACUGGUGGACCUCUGACUGGAAACUACAGGCUGCAUCAGUUUCACUUUCACUGGGGCCAGACUGACGAUCAUGGCUCUGAGCACACUGUGGACGGAGAAAAAUAUGCCUCAGAGUUUCACCUGGUUCACUGGAAUUCAGACAAAUAUUCAAGUUUUGCUGAGGCUUCAGAUAAGCCUGAUGGUUUGUCAAUCAUUGCUGUUUUUCUGAAGGUUGGUCCCCCCAAUGAACAUGUGCAGGACAUUGUGAAGGCAGUCGGUUCGAUAAAGACUAAGGGUAAAAAAGCUCCAUUUACUAAUUUUGACCCAUCAACUUUACUUCCUGGAUCCUUGGAUUAUUGGACCUAUUCUGGCUCUUUGACUCAUCCUCCCCUUUUUGAGAGCGUCACCUGGAUUAUUAAGGAGCCCAUUACUAUCAGUUCAGAGCAGCUGGCCCAAUUCCGCAGCCUCACAUUGACCAAUCAUCGACUUCCCCAGCCAUUGAAGGGCAGACGAGUGAGAACCUAAUUCUAGGUAAUUAAGAAUUAGUCAGAAGUGAAAAUAUUUUCUCAAAACCAAUAUAUCUAAGCAAAAGACCAUGUAACAAUUCACACAAAUUAUUUUAAAAAGUGAAUGUCUGGUUAAGAUACAAUGCUCAUAUCCUGCCAUAUGCUAUUGCUAUUGAUUGUAAUGUAUUUACUGAAAUGAAUCUAUGUUUCUUGUGCAUUGUGAAGCAAAUGAAUUUUAAUGUGUGGCUUUUACCUUAAGUAUUUUAAAAUAUUUUUAGGAAUAAUCUUCACAUUUUUACUAAAUUUAUUAACUAACUAGAUAUCAUGAUUAUAAAUAGGACAAAUAAAUCCUUUGAAUAAAAUAAUAAAUAAGUCAGUGUUCAUUCUUAGCUAACUAAUCAAAGAUUUCAUUUAACUGUAGUAAAUAUUUGUUAAUUUUUGCAAAGGAAUCACUCUGUUAAUACUAACUUUAGCUGUUAUCAGUCUUUGCACAAUAAAAAAAUAUAAUUUGUCCUUUU